AUAAAGGCAGGCAGCACAUCAUCCCUAACCCGUUAGAAGCAAAGUAUGAGCACUGGCAUCAUUACAUUCCAACGCCUGUGAAAACAAUAUAUGAAUAUGGGAGUGUUCCAGUUUGGGAAUCAUGGAAUAUUCCUAAAGAAAGGAACCCAAGAGACCUAAGAAGAGAGCUGAGUUUUCAGAUAUCUGCACCUUAACAACUGAUGUUUUGCAAAGUCUGAAAUCUGGUAUUCUGAGAAUCAAAGAAAUGGCUGACUAUGACGACAGCAUUUUUGAAAAUGAGGACAACAGCAGCAGCACCAAUGACCACGGUGCCUUCAUGAAGUUUAACACGACUUUUGUGCCCUGCAUGUACUCACUGGUGUUUAUCUUGGGGCUGGUGGGGAAUUCUUUGGUCCUGUCCGUCUACGUUUUCUACGGGAAGCUGAAGACCCUGACCGACGUGUUUCUGGUGAACCUGCCAAUGGCCGACUUGCUGUUUCUCUGCACUCUGCCAUUCUGGGCCUACACCACGGUCCACGAGUGGAUCUUUGGCGAGUUCAUGUGCAAGCUGGUAAAGGGCUUGUACACCUUGAACCUCUACACCUCCAUGCUGCUCCUCACAUGCAUCACCGUCGAUCGGUUCAUCUCGGUGGCCCAGGCUACCAAAGCCCACGCCUACCAAUCCAGGAGACUGACUUGGGGCAAGAUCACCUGUAUUUGCAUGUGGCUGAUCUCUCUGGCAGUUACCACCCCUCAGUUCAUUUACAGCACUGUCUCUAAUCAAGAUAAGCAGGUGUGUCUAGAAUUUGGUAACUCGGACUCCAGGCAAGUUUUUCUGGUGGCUCUUGCCGCCCAGAUGACAAUUGGCUUCUUCCUGCCUCUGCUAGCUAUGAUCGUCUGUUACUCGGUCAUCAUUAAGACACUGAUUCGUGCCAAAGGGUUCCAGAAGCACAAGUCCCUGAAGAUUAUUUUCCUGGUGGUGGCUGUGUUCGUUCUGACUCAGCUACCCUACAAUCUGGUGAAGCUCAUUGUCAGAGCUCACUGGGAGUAUUACACUUAUCCCAGCUUCCACUAUGCUCUGGUGGUGACAGAGUCCAUAGCCUACCUGCGCGCCUGCCUCAACCCCGUGUUAUACGCCUUUGUUGGGCUGAAGUUCAGAAACAACUUCUGGAAACUCCUGAGGGACCUUAGGUGCCCCCACCAAUUACAGAUCACGAGCAACUGGAGGACGACUGACGAGGACGCCUCUAAAACAUUCACCGCUUCCAAUUUAGCUGAGGUCACCACCACAUAUCAGCUGUAAGAGCGGCCUGCUUGCCUGCUGGGUUUUUAUUUGACUCAUGCUCAGAGCAGCCUUUUGAAAUUUACGGGAGGCUCCUGUUAGUGGUGACUAGAGGUUUUUUCCCGAAAUCAGACCCUACUGCUUAGCCCUAAGCUUAUGGCAGGUUUAUAACCGGGGAAUGUUUUCUCCCAGAUGAGAUGGGAUGUCUGGAAAAAGUGAAAGAACGAGCCAAGGGUAGAGAUCCCAGCAUCCACACACAGGACACGGUAAAUUUCCAGGUUGAGGAGAGACGUAGAAAAGACCAGAUGAUGAAAGAAGGAAUAACAACAACAACAAUGGCAUUUGGUAAGCGCUUACCAUGUGCCGAGCACUGUUCUAAGCGCUGGGGUAGAU